AUACCAGAUAUUCCAAUCUUCCAACAUCUUCAACACCAAGCUUCAGUUCUCCAUCAACCCUAACAGCAACAAGCUUAUUCAUAUCCUCAUUGUAUCAAUAUCCCUCUUCAAUCACAUCCUCUUUCUUGAUCAACCAAAAUGGGUCUCUUCGGACACAAGUCUACCACUGAGCCAACCCCGGCUGCACCCAACACCACCACCAACACCAACACCCGUCAUCCUCGACACUCGUCUUCUUCCUCCGACGGAUCUCCCAGACGCGUAGGCUUCUUCAACAAACGUCGCGAGUCGUCCCCCGAGUACAACAGCGACGGCCGUGGUAACCGCCUGUCGCACUCGGGCUCUACCUCUCGCAGUUCCGGCGGUGGCCUGUUCAACCGCCACAACAACGAGGACCCCAGCAUCAUCGGUGCCCGUGAGAGAGUCGCCAGUGCAGAGGCCGCCGAACGUGACGCCGACCGUGCGUUGAUGCAGGCUCGUACAGCAGUCAGGGAGGCCAGGGAACACGUCAAGAUGUUGGAGAGGGAAGCCGCCGAGGAGGCUCGUCUGGCAAAGAUCAAACAACAAAGUGCCAAGGAUAUUGGAAAGAGAGCAAAGCCUCUUGGACGACAUGACCAUUACUAGAUACACACACCCACACGAUAUACCACAGAGCCGUAGCGGCUGGAUACGCUUUGCAAGUCGUCACCUCAACAGGACACAUUACACGCCUGUAUUUGUUUUUUAAGGGAAAUGAUGGGACUCAGCAAUAACACCGACAUCUAUCUUGUCUUGUUUGCCGCCAAAGCUUUUUCCUUUUCCCGUCGAAGCUGCAAACAACAAAUCUUCCCACUGUACCACCAUCCAUGUACGAGUAGUACUAUACUAUAUUUCGCAUGUCCUUGUUUUAGCGAGCGUGGCGGGGUUGUUUUUUUUUUCAAAUGUGAGAAUUAUACAAAACAGAUAACGUUGUCUACGA